UUGUCUGACUGUCUUUUCCCGAACCACCACUACCCUCAAACCCUCUGCUCUACUCUUUCUCUUUCUCUCUGCAAACUACAGGGGGAUGCAUAGAGCCAACCGAAGCCUCGGAAGCUUUUACAGGCUUUCUCCACGCAUUCUCAACUCGCCCAAGCAAAGCAAUUAAAUACCCACAAACCCAAACCCAAAGCAAUCAAACAGCCCUCUCGCUCUCUCUCUCUCUCUCUCUCUCUCUAUGGACUUCCACCUGAAGCAAUGGAAAAACCAGCUGCAGCAUGAGUCAGAGCGACAACCUUCUUCAGCCAAGUCCCCAACACUUAUCCAUGACCAUGACGAUGAUCAACACCCAUCUGAGUCUGGGUCUGCUCUCCCAUUGUUUGUACCUUCACCUGCACACCCUCCUGAAUAUCCCAACCCCAAAAUAAUCACCCGCAGCUCCUUGUCAGCAUUCCCAGAUUCAACUCCUCCCCUCACCACAUCAGUCCCCAGGAUGGGAGGUUUAUUCAGCUUAGCUCAGUGGCAGGAGCUUGAGCUGCAGGCUCUAAUCUUUAGGCACAUGCUGGCUGGAGCUGCUGUUCCUCCUGAACUCCUUCAGCCUCUUAAGAAGAGCCUUCUGAUGAGCAAUACUCCCCCACAUAAUAAUAAUUACCCCCAUCACCCUCUUCAACCCUUUUAUCCGCCAUGUAUCCAACCAUCAUGGUACUGGGGAAGAGCUGCAAUGGAUCCGGAACCUGGCCGGUGCCGGAGAACCGACGGAAAGAAGUGGAGGUGCUCAAGGGACGUGGUAGCUGGGCAGAAGUACUGCGAGCGCCACGUGCACCGUGGCCGCAACCGUUCAAGAAAGCCUGUGGAAACCCCCAUAACCGCUACCCAUGCUGCUGGUGGUGGAGCAACCCUCAAAACUUCUACCACCAUUGUUGCUACACCCUUAACAGCGGUGGCGGCUGGAACUCCUUUCACUCAUUCAGGGCCUCAUUUGCCUUCCUCUGACCUCCAUCUCAACCAAAGAUCUUCAGGGUCCCAAAAUGAUAGAGGUUCCUGCAAACAACAAUUUGAGGUCACAGGGAAUGCUACUGUUAGAUCUAAUGGCCAGAAACUGCGUCACUUUUUUGACGACUGGCCUAGAUCACCCGAAGAUGAAUCUGACCAUGCCACCCCUGCAGCUUCCACCACCUGCCUCACCAUAUCAAUUCCUGGGAACACUGCAUCAGACACCUCUUUGAAACUUUCAACGGGUAACAGAGACGACCAAGACAAGGCCAUCCCUGUCGUCGGAGGGGCACGGCAGCUCUUAUCGGGUUGGGGUGGAGGAUGGGAGGCGAACCAGGUGACUUCAAUGGGAGGACCAUUGGCGGAGGCGCUAAGAUCGCCAGUCCCCAAUUUGUCACCCACCAGUGUCCUACAUCAGUUGCAGAGAUGCACUGCCUCUGAAAGUACUAGCUCUGUUAGCACCUGAUGGAUUGGAUUGUGUUCUUUUCCUUUCUUUUGAGUGUUUAAAUGUAAGGAGAGUUUUUCUCAUUGUCUUCCCAGGACAGGCUUGAUGGGAUUGUGUUUUGGGUUAGGAAAGAUGAUAGUAAGUAAACCGCCAAGGAGAUGAAUUUAUUGUAGCUUUGCUACACUGGUUAUACUCCCUCGUCAAUGAUCAGAGCAAAUGACGCCGCACGAAGAUUCACGGAGGACAAACUUGACUUAUCUGAAUGUUAGAUUUUUUUUAAAAAAAUAUUUCCUUUAGUUGAUGUAAACCAUCAUCAAGCGAUAAUUGUCAAAUCAUCAAAAACAUUAAAUCAAAUGUGAAAAUGCACCUGAAUGCAUAGUAUUUCAAGAUGUAUCGAAUCGUUUAAAUGAUCUUUCAGAUCAACACGUAAUGUUCAGAGAAUUCUUUUGA